UGUGAGAAAGAAGAAAUAACAUAAGGUGCAAGUAUUAAAAAGUUACGUUAAAAAGUACAGGUUGCAAGUUUUGUUUGUUAUAGAUUUGAGUUUAAGUAUACAAGGAUGAUAGAAACGGUGAAGCAAAAAUGUUUUUCAAAAGAAGAAACCGGUGUGGCGAAAGAACUCGUGUAUAAACCUUAUGAGAAACAAAGGCAGGCAUGGGUCGCCAUGGUACAAAAUUUAAUGCAAGCAAACACCAAUGAUGAGUUGACAAGCAUUCUACAGAGAAUGUGUGAUGCUGAAGAAAUUCCCAUUAAAUGGAACAAAAUAAAUAAGCCCAAAUUCUUGAACUACCUAAGACACUUAAUGAAUUACCAAGGCAACCCGACAAAAGAUGAACAGUUAUGGAAUCUGGUGUCUAAUGAUCAGAAAGAAAAAAAGAAAAAGAAAACCACAGAUGUGAAAAACGACCUCAAAACAGAAAAUAGAGUUGCAGAUAAAGUUAGAGAUAAAGAUGAAGAACUGGCAACCAAAGGAUUGGCUGCUGGACCUGCCAAGAAUAAAGCAAAAAAGAGUCCAAACAGCAAAGAAGAAAGUAAAAAAUUAUGGGCAAUCGCAAUUGAAAAUCUAAUUCAAAGAAAUACCAAUGAAGAACUAAUGAACUCCCUAAGGAAAAUAAGCACUGCACCUAAUAUUCUUUACGUUAAGAAAUGGCAGGAAAUAAAAAAAAACAAAUUUGUGAAUUUUUUGAAAAACAUCCCUGAUUACCAAGUGGAUUCUGUAAUUGAUGAAAAAUUACGCAUCCUGAUUUCAAAAGCCCUGGAAGAUCAGCACAUUAAACAGAAGAAUGAAAAAAUAUAUGCUAAAGGAAUUCCACCCAAACCAUUCCAGAAAGAAAAAAAUUCUGAGUGGUUAAGUUUUGUUAGAAAUUUAAUAGACAAAGAUAACCAAAAAUUAGUAAGUGAUGCAGGUGAAAAGAUAACCGCGCGCGAAAAUAUUCCAAAGACUUGGAAUGGCAUUAAAAAAACGGAUUUCAAGAAUUUUUUGCAAAACAACCUUGGUUAUGAAGUGAACUCCCCAAUAGCUGAAAAUUUAUGGGAUUUCAUUGCAAAAGCAUUACAAGAGAAACGGGCGGUUAAAGCGAAAAAUGGCGUCAUUCAAAAAGCGGCAGAAAAAACAAAAGGAAAAAAGCGAAAAAGUGAUGUUGACCAUAUGAAACCUGCUAUCAAUGGCGGUAGUGCAAAAAGAAUUAAGAAAACUGUGGAAUUACAAACGCAUAAAAACGAAUCGUGCAAUCCAUCAAGCGACAUCAUUAGCGUUUCUCAAACUGAAGAGCCUUGCGGCAAAGUCAAAUGGAUUUCGAUUGGCAAAAUGUUAUUGCGCGCUGCGGACAAUAAGGAGUUGCCAUUAAAAAAGUUUCGGAAAAAAAUCGUCGCUGAAUAUUUAAAGCGGGUGGGUACUGCCGUUUCCGAAAAAUCUUGCUGUUCGGACACCUUGUGGUCGAAGUGCCAAAGCAAAUUAUCGAAAAACUCCAGGUUCCAGAUUGAUGCCGAAAGCAUUCGGCUUGUUGUAUGAUGUUGUGUGCCUAUGUGAAAUGAAAAUAUCAACAAUACCA